GCCCGGCGAGUGGCCAAUCCGGGCGGGCGCUGGCGGCGAGCAGGGGCAGAAUGGGCUGUAGUUGAGCGAAAUAGGGAAAGCGGCGAACAGUGUGGAGCGUUCCCGGUGUAAAUAAAAGGGGGGGGGCGAAGAAAAAAAAAAAAAAAAAAAGUUUGUGGAAGUCGCCGCCCUGCAGCCUCGCUCGGGCAGCGGCGCGGGGGCUUGUGCGGUGCGGGAGCCCGGCACGGAGGACUUCAGUGCGCGGCGUUAACACGCUCUGCCUAUUGUUUGUGUUUUUUUCCAAAAUAUGGCAAAGGUUCAGGUGAACAAUGUAGUGGUGUUGGAUAAUCCUUCUCCUUUCUACAAUCCUUUCCAGUUCGAAAUCACAUUCGAGUGCAUAGAGGACCUGUCUGAAGAUUUGGAAUGGAAAAUAAUUUAUGUGGGUUCAGCUGAAAGUGAAGAGUAUGAUCAGGUGUUAGACUCUGUUUUAGUUGGACCUGUUCCUGCAGGCAGACACAUGUUUGUAUUUCAGGCUGAUGCACCUAACCCAGGGCUUAUUCCAGAUGCAGAUGCAGUAGGUGUAACAGUUGUGCUAAUUACAUGCACGUACCGAGGUCAAGAAUUUAUUAGAGUCGGCUACUAUGUAAACAAUGAAUAUACUGAAACAGAACUGAGAGAGAAUCCACCGGUAAAGCCAGAUUUUUCUAAGCUUCAAAGGAAUAUUUUGGCAUCUAAUCCCAGAGUCACAAGAUUCCACAUUAAUUGGGAGGACAACACUGAAAAACUGGAAGAUGCAGAGAGCAGUAACCCAAAUCUACAGUCCUUGCUUUCCACAGAUGCAUUACCUUCAGCAUCAAAGGGGUGGUCAACAUCAGAAAAUUCACUAAAUGUUAUGUUAGAAUCUCAUAUGGACUGCAUGUGACUAACCACCAUCCUUUUGGUACUGUAUAUGUGUUAAACUGUAAAAACAACCAGAACUAUUUCCUUCAAAUUCCAUAAGUACAUAGUUGAAGCAAUGUGAAGAACUUGUUUUAAAACAUCCUGUAGAAAGUUUAUAAAAAAAAAAAACUAAAAAAAACCCAACAAACAAACAGUAUUUGAGCAGAUUGUGAAAUAUAAAUACAACUAUUUUUAAGUAA